AUGGCUUCGUCCGGGCGUUGCUAUAAUGACGCAAUUGAUGCGCUCAAUUCCCUUCAAACUCCUUUUGAUAUUAUUGAAGCUCGCAGGAAAGCUGGUAUAAAGCCCAAUGCUGUAUCAAUCCAAGAGAUGAAGACAUAUCUUCAUCGUAUCGGAUAUACUCCAUCUGAUUUGAACAAACUCAACAUCGUUCAUGUGGCAGGUACCAAAGGCAAAGGGAGUACUUGCGCAUUUGUCGACUCCAUCCUCUCUCAAUAUCAGCACGCAAGAGGCACACCUCACAAAACAGGUCUCUUCAUAUCCCCUCACCUAAUAGCUGUCCGCGAGCGCAUCCGUAUCAACUCGACCCCUAUCUCAGAAGAGCUUUUUGUAAAAUACUUCUUUGAAGUCUGGGACCGUCUGGAGGCUGCGCCAAAGGAUGAAGCGGAUAAACUCAUGCCCCCUCGACCUAUCUAUGCUCGCUACCUGACCUUGAUGAGCUGGCAUGUCUUUCUUCAAGAGGGUAUUGACGUUGCUGUGUACGAGACGGGAAUUGGAGGAGAAUUCGAUGCCACCAACGUUGUCGAAAACCCAGUAGCUUCAGGGAUCAGCACACUUGGUGUCGAUCAUGUCUUCGCCUUGGGUGACACUGUAGCCAAGAUUGCAUGGCACAAAGCAGGUAUAAUGAAAACAGGUAGCGCGGCUUUCACAAUCGAGCAAGUACCAGAUGCAGAUGAGGUCCUUAGAAAGAGAGCCGAGGAGAAGAACGUCGUUUUGAAAGUCCUUGACGUUGACACUCGAUUAAACGCCGUCAAGAUUCGACCAGACGCCGUUUUUCAGAAGCGCAAUGCCACACUGGCCGUUGCUCUUGCUGAAACAGCACUUGAAAAUAUUGGCGUUGCUCUUCCACCGCGUUCGGAACCUCUACCUAAGGAAUUUGUCGAUGGUCUUGAGAAGGUUGUGUGGAGGGGUCGAUGCGAGGUCAAGAAUGAUGACAAGGUGGCAUGGCACGUUGACGGCGCCCAUACCUCCGACAGUCUGAAGAUGUGCUCUAAAUGCAACGGCCCUCGUGUCAUGAUCUUCAACCAACAAGGCCGCUCUGAGGCCACUGAAUUCCUCGAGUCUGUAUUCAAAGCAACCAAACGUGAUGGCCAGCCCGCCUUUGACCAUGUCAUCUUUUGCACAAACGUUACAUAUGCCGAGUCAGGUUACAAGCGCGACUUUGUCAACCACCAGUUUGACCCUGCCGAGAUUGACAAGAUGACGGUCCAGCAGCGCUUCGCUGAGAAGUGGACGGCCCUGGAUCCUGGUGCCACUGUUAAAGUCAUGCCGACCAUCGAGCAAUCUAUCGACUAUGCUCGACAUAUCGGGGAAGAUCUUCCAGAGGGUGAGACGGUUCAGGCACUCAUCACAGGCAGCUUACAUCUUGUCGGUGGAGCGCUGGGGAUACUGGAGAAAGCUGAUGCUCUCUGA